AUGAGCACUCUCUUGUACGGAGCGGAAACGUGGACGUCCUAUGCGAAGCAAGAACGCCAGAUUAACACUUUUUAUAUGCGCUGCCUACGGAACAUCCUGGGUAUAAGUUGGAAAGACAUAGCGACCAACGAGAGGGUUCUACAAAUAGCGCGGAUGCCCAGUCUAACUGCCAUGCUUAAACAGCGUCGGCUGUGUUGGUUGGGGCAUGUACACCGGAUGGACCCCUCUCGACUUCUGCGGCAGAUUAUGCUUGGCGCAGUUGCGAAUGCAAGGAGGGAUGUUGGGAGACCUUUGCUCCGUUUUAAAGACUGCACCAAGCGCGAUAUGGUCGCUUUUAACAUAAAUCACAACAGCUGGGAAAAAUUAGCCGAGAACAGAGACCAAUGGCGUAAGAUCGUGAAGGAUGGUCAACAACAUCAUGAUGAAGCCUGGUUUGGACUCUUAUCGGACAGGAGAAACAAAAAACAUCAAAACAGUGACAUCAAUGACACGCAUCUUUUCCUUUUUCGGUGUGUGGUAGAGUCUGCCGCUCCCGUUUCGGCUUGUACAGCCAUCAGAAAAAAUGCUCUUUAG